CCCCCCCCCCCUUCCACAAAACCGCGGGGUAUAUUUUUUCUUCGCAAUUUCUUAUUUGACCAAACAACUCUCAACUCAAUUCCCCACUUCUUAGGGUCAUUCUCUAAAUUCUCCCCAAAUUCUUAGAGUUUGCCCCCUUCUCAAUUUUGUCUAUUUUUCACCUUUCCUCUAAAAUUUAGUGAAAAUUCUAUUGAUUCUUGAAGUGGGUAUUUAGAUUAUUUUGUAGAUUUGAAAAAAAAAAAUGAAGCUUUUGAUGGAUUCAUCAACACCAUCAUCAUCAUCAGCUUGUAAAGAAAUUGAUGUUUUUGGAGAAAAUAAUGUUUUCCCACCUGGAUUCAGGUUUCACCCAACAGAUGAGGAACUUGUUGUGUACUAUUUAAAGAGGAAGAUCUGUAGGCGAAGUAUUUUGCUUGAUGCAAUUGCUGAGACUGAUGUGUACAAGUGGGAACCUGAGGAUUUGCCUGAUUUGUCUAAGUUAAAAACUGGGGACAGGCAGUGGUUCUUCUUUAGUCCCAGAGAUCGAAAAUAUCCCAAUGGAGCACGGUCAAACAGGGGAACAAAGCACGGGUAUUGGAAAGCUACUGGAAAAGAUCGUAUUAUUACAUGUAACUCUCGUGCUGUUGGAGUCAAGAAGACGCUGGUCUUUUAUAGAGGACGAGCACCAGUAGGUGAACGAACAGACUGGGUGAUGCAUGAAUACACCAUGGAUGAAGACGAGCUGAAGAGGUGCCAGACUGCACAGGACUACUAUGCACUUUACAAGGUUUUCAAGAAGAGUGGGCCCGGCCCCAAGAAUGGUGAGCAAUACGGUGCACCAUUUAGAGAGGAGGACUGGGUUGAUGAUGAGUCCCCGAAUUCCAAAGUCCAUGUACAGCAGGAGAAUUCUGCAAAGCACCUUAAUGUAGUUCCUGCUACUGAUGAUGUACUUGAGGAACUGCUGAACCGUAUUGUGUAUGAGCCUGUGCUUCUUGAGCCUUUUGCCGUAGAUAACAAUUUUGCAUUGGAACAAUUUGUACAAGAGGAAGAUACUGAAAGUACCUUGCUAGAUCAGUCUUCGAGGGAAGUUAAUUUGUACAAUCAUUGUGCUGUCGCCGGCCCAAGCUGCCAGCAGUAUAAUAGGAGGGCAAGCUUUGACCUGACACAGUCAGACACAUCACAGUUACAUUUGCACGAGGCACCAGAGGUCUCAUCUUCUCCUUUGAAUCCUGAAAAGCCACUACACGUGGUGGAAGAGGAUUUCCUGGAAGAUUUUCUGGAGAUGGAUGACCUUCUUGUGCCCGAACCAAGUGUCCAAAACUUUGAUAAUCAAACACCAAACAGUCAAGUCUUUGACAACCCUGCUGGAAAACCGGAGAUUGUGCAGUUUGAUGACUUUGAUGGCUUAACAGAGUUCGACCUGUAUCAUGAUGCACCUUUGCUUCUUGAUAAUGUGGAGACACCAAUGGUGGGGCAAAGUGCUGAACCAUCCGUGAACAACUUUGUAAACGGGAUUGGAUACCCAGAUUCCACUACAUUCAUGAGCACUUUCCAAAAUGACAUGAUGAACAACCAGCAGAUGCUCUUGAAUCAUGAAAACCAGAUAAAUCAAUUAUGGACACAUGAUGAAGGAUUCAACGUCUUUAACCCCAUUGAAGGAGAUCAAUCAGUUGUUCAUCAAGCAUCUUCAGGUGUGGUAUAUGAUAAUAAUAUGGCAAAUCAUCCUAUGGGCGCUAAUCAAAAUCUAGCCAAAAAGGAUGAUGGUACGCAGUCGUGGUUCUCCUCUAAUUUGUGGGCUUUCGUGGAUUCUAUACCCACAACUCCUGCUUCAGCUGCUGAAAGUGCUCUAGUAGUUAACAGGGCCUUUGAGCGUAUGUCUAGCUUUAGUAAGAUGAAAUUAAAUGUCGCGAACAUGAAUGUUGCUACAGGUAAUACCUCUGCAACUUCAAGUAGUUCGGGCAAAUCCAAAUAUGGAUUUUUAUGUUUUUCUUUACUUGGAGUACUUUGUGCAAUCUUGUGGGUGUUAAUAGGAACUUCUGCCCAGAUGGUGGGGAGAUAUAUAUCGUCUUAAACAUGUGAAGAGUUUGCUUUUCUAUUUUAUCAUGUGGCUUCUUGCCAGUAUCAAUGGAAAGCUGAGCACAUAUUUUACCAAUAA